AUGAAGUUGAUCCUCUCCACCUCAAAUAUCAUGAAGGGCGGCCGGCCGUCCGUCAUUCGGCAGCCUCCUACGCAAAAGUCCAACGUCGAACUGAUCAACUCCUUACGCUCCAACUUUAUCGCCUCCCAGCAAAUCGAUACCCCCAACGGCUCCACAAACGGCGACGCGAACGGGUCACAAACCUCGCGACAGGACUAUAAGUCAUGGACAAGUGAACAGGACGGGGCUCUCUAUAUCCCCGCGAUUGAUUUCUCGCAGCCCGGGCUCUCCGAGGAGCGGGAUCAGUACGAUAUUACAGUGAAGCUGUUCUAUCUGCCGGGAAUCCCGGUAUCGAGACGAUGCGCACACACCCGAGAGGCGAUUGACCUGGUAUUGAAGGAACUACAUGUGAAAUCUAUCGAUCUGCUCAUCGUGUCGUUCCCCGGGAUCUUGUUCGAUGCCGACGACGACAGCGAAGAUGAGGAGGCCUCGACAAACGGGGAGCCGGAUGACUUCGACAGUAUGGUGCAGACAUGGCGGGUGCUGGAGUUGUUGCACGAGCAGGGUAUGAUUGCACAGCUGGGCGUGGCCGAGUUCGGCAGCGAGCGACUGGCUCGUUUCCUCCCGCAUACCAAGGUCAAGCCCUCUGUGGACCAGAUCAAUCUCAAAGACUGCUGUGUCGUGCCCAAGUCAUUGAUUCUUUAUGCCAAGCAGGAGCACAUCCAGCUCCUGACCCACAACGACUGCAACGAUAUUCUUCCAGUCGGCACAACGAGGGAGCUUCUUGGGCCCACGGAGCAUGGUUCAGGGAUCCUGGCUUCUGCCCCGGAGGCCGAGGAUGGAAUUCAAGGAGACGUCGAGCCGCAGUGGGUGGUGAAAUACACAGCAGUGGUCAAGGAUCGUGGAGUGGUUGAGAACAAGGGCUAUUUUGCAUUGGCGGACGUCGGCACAUGCGUCAAGGACCGGGCGUAA